CGCAAUAAUGCACAGUACUUUCACAUUCUUCGUCAGCUCUCCCAGCAGUGGCACCGCCCAAAUCUGAAGGAAGGCCUCAUUCUUAGACCCAAGGCACACAGGACAAGGUCGUACUAGAAUGGCCAUCACGAUCAAACCCGACCCCUUGGAAACGAGUCCACUGCUAAGUCAUCCGCAACAUCAACGUCCUGACCACGACAUCAAUGGCCAUGGCGACAGCAACGCGGGCUACAGGGUCGACCUGGAGAACAGUCAACCGCCCGAGCUCCCUUCAGCUGAAGAAGACAAUGCGGUGACCGUCGACGAGCCGAGCACCAGGAUGCUCGUGGCUAUCAUGACCGCAAGCUGGAUCGGUGUCUUUUUCGCGGCAUUGGAUACAACCAUCGUCGCGACGCUUACGGGUCCAAUCUCAUCCAGCUUCAACUCACUCAGCCUAUUAUCCUGGCUUGCAACAGGCUACCUAAUAGCCAACUCGGCAUGCCAACCACUAUCCGGCAAACUGACAGACAUAUUCUCUCGACGAACAGGCCUUCUUUUCUCCAACAUCUUUUUUGGUCUCGGGACAUUAAUGUGCGGCCUCGCGCCCAGCGCGGGCGUCAUGAUCGCCGGCCGCGUCGUCGCAGGCAUCGGCGGCGGCGGACUGACAUGUAUCACUACAUUCGUCACAUCAGACUUGAUCCCGUUGCGCCGGAGAGGUCUGUGGCAAGGCUACGGUAAUCUGAUAUACGGUCUAGGCAUGGGCUCAGGCGGUGUCGUGGGCGGCGCUCUGGCAGACGCACUGUCCUGGCGAUGGGCGUUCUUGUUACAGCUGCCGUUUAUUGUCGUUUCGACCGUCCUGGUCUGGAUCCUGUUGGACCCUCACCUCCCUCGACGAGCGCCACUCCCAACUACUUCCAGCAACAACACCACUGAAUCCACCACCAAAUCGUCAGCUCUGCACCGAAUCGACUUCACGGGUUCCGCACUGCUCGUCGUGUCUCUAGUUUUACUCCUUCUAGGCCUCAACAGCGGCGGCAACCAACUCCCCUGGUCACACCCACUGAUCAUCACCUCUCUGGUUCUGGCGGGCGUCACGCUCGUGGGGUUCAUCUACUUUGAAGCACGGGCGGAGCUAGCCUUCGAUAAGGGGGAGUCGUCCGACACAAUCACCACCGUCAGCGAGGCCAACCCAAUACCAACCCCAAACAACCAAAAUGCAGACUCCUCCUCUCCACCACCCAAAUUCAAACCAGAACCAAUCAUCCCCGUGGUCCUAAUCGCACGAACACGAACAAUCCUAGCAGCCUGUCUAGCCAACUGGUUCAGCACAAUGUCCGCCUUCCUAGCCCUCUACUACAUCCCAUUAUACCUUCAAGUCCGAGGCCUAUCCUCAACAGCAGCCGGGUUACGAGUCAUCCCCUUCGCAGCCGCCAUGUCAGUCGGCAGUCUGGGGUCAGGAUACCUAAUGCGCAAGACAGGACGAUACUGGGGCCAAAUGGUGUUCGUGAUGUUGUUGUUUGUCGCGGGCACAGCGCUGAUCUGUACAUUUCGCCUCGACUCCCCGGCCUGGCAGACAUAUGUCUACGUCACACCACUGGGCAUGGCAUAUGGGUCCAUGUUGACAAUCACUUUGGUCGCUAUGAUUUCCGCCGCCGACCAUGCUCACCAGGCUGUGAUCACAGCCGCCAGCUAUGCGUUUCGGUCGACGGGGUCGACUAUUGGUAUCACUGUUGCGAGCGCCGUCUUUCAAAAUGUUUUGACGUCGGAACUACAGAGCCAGUUUGGUCAGAUGCCCGGUUCUGACAGCGAGAUCCGUCGCAUCCGUGACAAUCUAAAGGAACUUGAUCGUCUGCCUCGGGGAUGGGAUAGAGGUGUCGUUCUUGAUAUCUAUAUGGAUGCUUUGAGGGCCGCUUUCGUUGCUGGGUUGAUACUGGCUGUCCUCGCUGCUGCUGCUGGGUUUGCUAUGAAGGAACAUGUGUUGCAUAAGAACCUUGCUAGGAAGUGAGUGUCCUCACGUACUACAUGUACAGGGGUACCGUACCCCCUUCAACUGCCUACCCAGGUAGACGCCGCAAGAUUUAGAUCAUCUACCUCCAUACCUAUGCAGCGCCACCAUGUUGCGUUGUUUACCUGAUCGAUCAAACUGACGACGUACUGUCUGACUGUUCUGUCUGUUGUCUCUUCCUUUGGCCGGAUGGAGGAUGCUUGAACCUUUUUGAGAGGAAGUAGACCCACGCCCCUGGUGUGAUUCGAUCUGGCGAUAGAGCAGUUGGACAGAUGGUAUGAUAUCCAGGUCUGCCUAAUUACAAGUAUAUGGGUAAAUAGAGAUUUGCGAUAGAUAAGAUCUCUAGAUAUGCAGAUCUGUAGAUUGGAUAGAUGGAUAGAUGGAUAUAUACUUUUCACAUGUGGUA